AUGACACAAGAGUGGGACGCUUGGGGCGUGCGUGUGCCGCUCACCGUGCUGUGGGUGGACGACUGCCAGGUGGUCCAGGUCAAGACCGACGACAAGGAGGGGUACACCGCGCUGCAGCUGGGCUCCGGCUCCAAGCGGCCCAAGCAGCUGCGCGGCACGCUGCGAGGGCACUUCGACGCGGCAGGCGUGGCGCCCAAGCGCAGGCUGGCAGAGUUCCGUGUGUCGCCCGACGCCCUGCUGCCAGUAGGCCACGAGCUGCGUGCCUCCCACUUUGUGGCGGGCCAGUUUGUGGAUGUGACGGGCACCAGCAUCGGCAAGGGCUUCCAGGGCGUGAUGAAGCGCUGGGGCUUUGCCGGCCAGCCCGCAUCGCACGGCAACUCGCUGGCGCACCGCGCCGCUGGAUCCACGGGCGCCUGCCAGGACCCGGGCAAGGUGUUCAAGGGCAAGAAGAUGCCGGGUCGCAUGGGCGGCGAGCGCGUGACGGUGCAGAACAACCAGGUGUUCCGCGUCGACCCGCUGCGCAACCUGCUGUAUGUGCGGGGGCAUGUGCCGGGGCACAAGGGCAACUUUGUGCUGGUGCGGGACAGCGCCAAGAAGACGCUGGAGCAGCAGCCGCCGCUGCCGGUGCCCACGCUGCUGGAGGGGGAGGCGCGGGUGACGGUGGCGCCCCGCGCUGCCACCGACCCUUACGACUACAAGGAGUGA